AUUACCAUUGCACUGCAAAACAAAGACAUUCUCAGCCUUCAACCGAAACAGAACUCAACGAAUUUCAGCCAGUCAGUCAGCAACCAAAUAAAGAUAAUCCGACGACGCGGCGGUGAAGCCCGUCGACAUGUGUCGUCGGAAUCCCCUCUGCCAGCUGAAACGUCAAUUGAUGUCGUCGUUGUGCCUGUCGUUGCUUCUCCUAACGAUCUUCGCAUUCUCUGUUUCUACGUGUACCGGCGGCAUUACCUCCCAAACUGCACCACCAUCCCACCGUCUUCUCUCCGGAACCCCCCACAACGUGGACAGUGAGAAGUUUGAAUCCAAGAACUCCACUAAAUGCUCGGAAAGGAUUCACCGCACUUCACUCCUUGACAGAGCAUUUGAAUUACUCGAUGUCACAUUCUUCAACCAAACUGAGAUGGUGGAAAUUGAGAUGGGUGUAAAAGAGUUCAAUCAACCAAUAGUCACAGCCAACAGGAAACUGGUUGCUUCUGAAAAUGGAGGGUUGCAUAAUCCAUCUUAUUUGGUUUUCAAUGGACAUUGGAGUAGCGAACCAGCUCAAGAUAUGAGGAAGAAGUUUAGUUAUCCUUCUUUAUCUGGCGUACGUAGGCCUGAAAGUGAAGAAGACAUAGCUUUCAUGAGUGUCCUUGAACUGGGGCAACUCAUUAGGACAAAACAAAUCUCUUCGGAGGAGCUUACAGGGAUUUUCUUAAGGAGAUUAAAGAGGUACAAUCCUGUUCUUGAAGCUGUGAUCACGUACACUGAAGAAUUGGCAUAUAAGCAGGCAAAAGAGGCUGAUGAUUUGCUCGCGAAAGGAGUAUACUUGGGUCCUCUCCAUGGAAUUCCAUAUGGAUUGAAGGAUAUAAUUGCAGUACCCCAUUACACGACAACGUGGGGUUCAAGAACUUUCAAAGAUCAAGUUCUAAAUAUUGAAGCUUGGGUCUACAAGAGGUUGAAGUCUGCAGGGGCAGUUCUGGUGGCAAAGCUCGUUUCAGGAUCAUUGGCCUACGACGACAUCUGGUUUGGGGGCCGGACGAGGAACCCGUGGAAUAUUGAGGAGUACUCUACUGGUUCAUCAGCUGGGCCUGCUGCCUGCACCUCAGCAGGAAUGGUUCCGUUUGCAAUUGGUUCCGAAACAGCUGGAUCGAUCACCUUUCCUGCUGCUAGGUGUGGCGUAACUGCAUUGCGUCCAACAUUUGGUACUGUAGGUCGAACCGGUGUAAUGAGCAUAUCUGAGAGCUUGGAUAAGCUCGGCCCUUUCUGUAGAGGUGCUGCAGAUUGCACGGUUGUUCUUGAUGCCAUUCGAGGCCAAGAUCCAGACGAUCUAUCAUCGAGAAAUACAUCCCUUGAUGAUCCAUUUUUAGUCGACAUUGCAAAAUUAACCGUCGGAUAUCUUGGUGAUGCUGAGAUGGAGGUUGUUAGCGUGCUUCGGUCCAAGGGUGUUAAUAUGGUUCCCUUCGAACUGAAUUACACUGUUGAAUCCGUUCAAGGUAUCUUGAAUUUCACGAUGGACGUGGAUAUGUUGGCUCACUUUGAUGAGUGGCAGCGAUCUAGCCAGGACGAUGACUACGAAGCACAAGAUCAAUGGCCAGUUGAGCUUCGUCGUGCACGCUUGAUUCCUGCGGUGGACUAUGUUCAGGCGCAGAGAGCGCGAGGAAAACUAAUUCGGGAGGUAAAGGAGAGCUUCAAAGUUGAUGCAUUUGUUGGCAAUGCAACUGACUGGGAGAGAGUUUGUAUGGGAAACCUUGUUGGCAUGCCCGUAAUCGUUAUUCCAACAGGAUUCAAAAACAUAUCGAAUCCCCCUUCGAGCGGUACUCGUCGAAGAACUACCAUCACGACCGGGAUUUACGCUCUUCCGGAGCAUGAUCACAUUGCUUUAGCUUUGGCCAUGGCUUAUCAGUCGGUCACCGAUCAUCAUAAACGACGACCACCUAUCGAUGAUCUCGGACCAAAUGACUCGAUACCAAAUCCUCCAACGGUGACCAUCCCUCCUAGACAAUUGCGCGGUUGAAGCCUCCAUUUAUGAUACAUAUUGUGGGUCUAUUCGAUUGUUUUGCAGUUAUAUCUAGACUUGUAAAUUUCAUGUAUUUUCCCCAGAAAAAAAGGGGGAAAGUGGAAAAGAAAAUAAAAAGAAACUGUGCUUUUCAUGUGUGGGAUAGUACCUUAUGUUAUCUCCUUUUCACUUUUUGGACAAAGGAUAUGAGAUCACUCUCUUCCCCAUCUUUCCUUGUAAUAUCUAACCAAAUCCCAAUAUUAAAGCUUCAGGCGGUUUUGCCGCCAUAACGAAA